AUGAGUUGCGAACCGGUGGACCUAACGUGCACUCCCAAGCGCGUCAAGCGGAAGCGAAAGUAUCAGCAGGUGACAGAGGAAGAGACUGUGGAAGGGGACCUCUUGGAGCAUCGGCGGUUGAUGGCCAACUGCCAGGAGCGCGUCCGUAUGCAGAGGAUCAACGUGGCGCUGGAUGUAUUAAAACAGACGCUUCCGGAAGAGUACCACCCUUGCCAGCGGCGAAUGUCGAAGAUUCGGACUCUCCGUUGUGCUAUGGACUAUAUUCGCGGGCUGUCACAGUUGCUUCAGGAUGACAACUUGCGCCGGCAGCAUAUAUACGGUCAGGCCAAACAGUUUGUACAGGGAAUAUACGUUAGCGGGGACACAAGCUCGGACUGUAUGUACUCCAGCCACAGAACCACCAAUUUCCAGUCUGUAACCCCAUACACGCCCCUCUUCCCGUACCUAGGGCCGCUCUGUACAUCAGACGCCAGUGAAUAUAUGUUCACACCACAGCAGACGCCGCCCGUGCGCCACGACGCCAUGAUCCCCAGGCAGCUGGAGUUUGGAGCGCCUCGGAAGCAGCAGCACAGUACAGACGAUCCCACCACCACCCCGCAAUACCUCAUGGCCGGAAGUACGGAACAUAGUGCGCAUAAGAGCACGCCGGUGACCUCCCGACAUACGAUGUACCGUUGUAAGCGAUCACAGACAUUCUCGACCGUUCCCCGCCAGACCCAUGACAUCAAGCCGGAGCUCGACGUCGCAUACAUGGAACCACACAGCCACGACACGCUACCCGUAGUCAAUCAGGACACUGCUUGGUGA